AUGUUGGUCACUAAUGCGACUGUCGACCUGCUCUACGCCAUCAACACGUUGUGCACUUUUUGCGUAAGUUUUUAUUGCCUCCUACUUGCAAGAGGCAAUAAACCAGCGAUUCUCGACUGGAUAGUCUAUUAAGAGUCUGUCGGGAAAAUAGCUCAUUAUUAUCCCGACAGACUGAUAGCACAUAUAGCAAUAUCGUCACUACGACCGCGUGCAGAAUAACCUUGUUUUGGAAGACACAAUUCCAAUUUUCAGACCGCCGCAUUCGGCUACAAAGCCGUAUUCAUGCUCAUCGACAACCCAUACUGGCCGAAAACAGUGUGGUGGACGUAUGCCGGCCUCUGCACGAACCUUUUUUUCAUGUUUCUGAGCGUUGGAAUGUUGCCACUGCAGUUCAUCUACCGCUACGGGGUGAUGCGGACGAAGGCGUUCACGCGGAAACAAAUGUUCGGCUUCUUUUGCGUUGCGUUGGGUUUCGCCACCAUGCAUGGCUUUGCGUCGCCGUGGACGUUCACGCCGCCUUCGGCGGAAUGGGAGCCCACAAUCCGCGAGGCGCUGUCGUUGGGCGAGGACGCGGACUUGCCGGGUUAUGUGGUGGGAGACGUGGUAAGGAAGCGUGUGUAUUUCUGCGUAAACAGGGAGAAGAGUUGGCUGCCGCGCUGGGCCGGGCCGAAAAAAAAUUGAAAUGGGCCGGGCCAGCCCGAGAGCCAUGCCUAACAGGAACUACAAAAUCGAUCGAUAUGGGAGGUAGAGCAGGCGAACACUCAAAAAAAAGGUGUAGUUAGUGCCUACGAGGCUUGACAAAGCCGUUGGAUGGCCGGCGAAGACUUGGCGAAGGCUCGCGGAGACUUGCGAUAUGUCCACUUUUUCUAACUAUAGCUAUUACUAACGUUAGUUUUUAUUCAUCCUGGGUUACGGUUACAUAUAAAAGACCAAACCUUACGACAAAAAAAGCAGACCCGUAACUUUUACCCAGAUAUUAUUAAUGUCAGUACAUGGAAGAUACCUCAAAAAUAGGUGAUAAGCUAUCCUAGAACCAGAUAAAUCUUAUUAUUUCUAAUAACCAAGCCUUCUCCUAGCCUCUAGCAUUGUCAGCGUUUUCGUAACACACCCCGUUUCAGAGAGAAUUUGGCGUGAUGGCGUUGCACUUCAUCGACAUCUUUGUCAUCAUGUUCCUCUCGUACGCAGUGAUCAUUAUAAUGGUGGUCUUGUCCAAGCACACCAUCACAAUGGACGAGGUGGCGGCCGCAAGUCCGCUGACCAAGGCCGUCCAACGACAAGUCACCCGGAUCAUCUACGUCCAGGUAAAAUGUGCAUAUUAUUGAACGGUUUGCAACUGUUGGUGAUAGUGCCAAAUUUGCAUAAUGGAUUUGGCUAUAAAAGCCACAAGAAUACACUUUUAUCUCACUCUUUUCUCGUCCUUGACGAAUAAACUCUCUGUUUUGAGCGGUCGAUCUCGUCUCCAGACUACCCAAUCUCCUCCUUUCCGUGAUCAUCUCGUAUAGUAACAACAAAUUGCAGGCGAUCUACCCGCUCUUUGUCAUAUGCGCUCCGUGUCUCGCCUUCCCGAUCCUGGCCCUCAAGGGCGCCGAGGUGAAGUUCUUCGGCGAAUGGGCCAUGCUGUCCAUGCACACGCCGCCGCUGGUCAACUCGCUGUCGGUGAUCCUGUGCGUGCCCAGCUACCGCCGCGUGGUCACACAUCCAUUCACGGCGGCCAAGGUCCGCUCUCUGUAAGUUCUGUGGCGCACUGUACAAGAUUGCUGUAGCUGCCGUGCGGUGCGACGGCACUACAGGGUGUAUCACAAAAGACCGGUUGUUCGUUUGUGUUAAGCUAUUCCAAACUCACUCUCAUGCAUCAGGAGAGUAGAAACUAGGCGUUUAACGGCUUUACAGUAAGUCAGGUGUGCUGAGAUGGGGAGGUGUUCGAGGUGCGUUGCUCACGAGGGAAGCUGUAUCGAAAACGUCAAAAAAAUCUGUCGAGAGGCCCGGGGGACAACCGCACGAUAAGACGAGAAGCUCGAGUUCAAGUGAUUUAUUGAGUGAAAAGCGGCGCUUAUAUACUGAAAUCCCACGUGGGAAAGUACAAUCAAAUUUGCAUAAUGAAUGAUGCUUUCCGUGGGAAUUCGGGCUCGAAGUUCGUCGUUCCGCCUCACAUCUUCCGCCUCACAAAAUCUGACAUGAUUUUCGACCGAAAACGUCCGAAAUUUCUCGAUCAUUUUCAACCGAAAAACACCCCUUUUCAGGGUAGAAAUGCCCCUUCUUCAAAAGGUCGUAGCGACCUUAGUUUGAACUUUUAAAUCUUGCUGUUUCAUAGACCAAAGUUAAUGUCACUUAAGAAUACAUAUUCCAAAAACGAACUCUCUACGCCGCCUCCGCCGCAAGUUAUAGCCACUGGGGAUGAGCAACGCAUCUCGAGCGACUUAUUGCUGACAAAAAAUUUUUAGAAAAGAAAAGUUGUUGCGAUGCUUCCACGGAACCAAGACGACUUUCCCCCAGCUACACCCCUCCAUUACUGCCCCAAUCUCUUCCAAUCACGCCACAUAG